AACCAAAGGUUGGUAAUGCUAGGGGAAUUCUCAUGAACCAAUAUUCUCGCGAUUGUAAUUCUCGCUUGCGCAUUGCUAUUUUUGCUGCACACGUGAAGUUUUAAACCGUUUUUGUAGUAAUUUUGCGUAAUAAUUCGUAAGUUGACAACCUACAAUGGGUUUAAUUGACGAAACAGUUACUACUUUUUAUGAUAAAGAAGCGAGUUUUGCGGAAGACCAAAUAAAAUCUUUGAAAAAACAGAUAACACAGUUGCAGCAAAACAUCAAGAAUAAAACAGUUGACACAUCACAGAAUACUGAACUCCAAAAAUUAGUUACUGAAAAUACAAAGUUGAAACAUCGUCUCACCAUAUUGAAGAGGGCUAUUUCGAAUUUGAGUCAUUCGCAUACGCCCCGAGACCCCACCAGAAUGCAGAACAUUCAAGAAAUCCUUGAUGAGAUUUUUGGCACUGCUAUUUCAUCAGCCUGCCCUGAUAUCACGGACCCCCCAGUUGUCAUCACUCUAAGUAAUAACGCGAAAUUCGGUGAUUAUCAGUGCAAUUCUGCUAUGCAAAUUUCUAACGUUUACAAGCAGUUGGGUAAAAAAGUUUCGCCGCGAGACGUCGCGAAUAAAAUUAUUGAGAACGUGAAUCCACACGAAUUGAUUGAAAAGCUAGAAGUUGCUGGUCCGGGAUUCAUUAAUGUUUUUGUGAGUAAAUCGUUCGGUUUGCGUAAUUUAACCACAAUUUUCACGCAUGGAGUCCGACCGCCCCCAUACAAGAAAUUGCGAGUUGUUGUUGAUUUAUCAUCGCCGAAUAUCGCGAAAGAAAUGCACGUGGGGCAUUUAAGGUCGACGAUAAUCGGCGACACGGUUUGUCGCUUGUUGGAAUAUUUAGGACACGAUGUUCUGCGCAUUAAUCAUAUAGGUGAUUGGGGAACGCAGUUUGGGAUGUUGAUUGUCCAUUUACAAGAGAAAUUUCCCGAUUAUUUGACUAAAGCGCCUCCAAUUUCCGAUUUGCAAGCUUUCUAUAAAGAAUCGAAAAAACGGUUUGAUGAAGAUGAAGACUUUAAAAAGCGGGCCUAUGCCGGGGUUGUCAAGUUGCAGUCAGGGGAUCCUAAUUUUAUUAAAGCUUGGCAGUUAAUUUGCGACGUUUCCCGUAAAGAAUUUCAAGUAAUUUAUGAUCGCUUGGAUAUAAAGUUAAUUGAACGUGGAGAGUCUUUUUAUCAGUCUCGAAUGAACGAAAUUGUUAAAGAAUUAGAAGAUGGGGGUUAUUUAGAAGAGGAUGAGGGACGUAAAGUAAUGUGGGGUGAUAAAAAUGAUGGGAAUAUACCAUUUACUGUUGUUAAAUCGGACGGUGGUUACACUUAUGACACCUCUGAUUUGGCUACUAUUAAACAAAGAAUAGUUGAAGAGAAAGGCGAAUGGUUGAUUUAUGUAACAGACGCUGGGCAAGGGAGUCAUUUCCACAUACUGUUCCAAAUUGCUCGAAAAAUUGGUUUAUUGACUGAUAAUAUCCGGGUCGAUCAUGUCCCGUUUGGAGUAGUUUUGGGUGAAGAUAAGAAGAAAUUUAAGACACGGUCCGGAGACACAGUUCGACUUAUAGACCUUUUGGAAGAAGGUCUCAAGCGUGCUUUGGAUAAGCUUAAGGAGAAAGGUCGUGAUCAGGUAUUGACUCCUGAAGAAUUGAAACAAGCACAGGAAUCUAUAGCUUACGGGUGUAUUAAAUACGCUGAUUUGAGCCACAAUCGUCACCACGAGUACGUUUUUAGUUUUGAUAAAAUGUUGGAAGAUAAGGGAAAUACUGCCGUUUAUUUAUUGUAUGCCUAUACACGUAUAAAGUCAAUUGCGCGUACUGCGAAUUUUGAUGAUAAGAAAAUCGAAGAGGUGGCGAAAAAUCACACGAUUUCUUUAGAUCAUGAAAAAGAGUGGAAAUUGGCGAAAGUAUUGUUGAGGUUUCCAGAAGAACUUGAUAAAGUUACGAAGGAUUUAUGUCCGCACCAUUUGUGUGAAUACGUCUACGAAAUAGCAACGACCUUCACAGAGUUUUACGAUUCUUGCUACUGUGUAGAGAAAGAUUCAUCAGGGGAUAUUGUGAAAGUGAAUCACGGGAGGAUUCUGCUAGCGGAAGCUACAGCCCGUGUUAUGGAGAAGUGUCUCAAUAUUUUGGGCCUUAAACCUGUUGCAAAAAUGUAAAGACUAUUUAUUGUAUGUUUCAAUAAAUUUGUUUCUGAAUUUAAUAAAAAAAAUUCAACAGUCAA